CAAUCGUCUUCCUGGCAAAGUCUUUUCCUUGCAGCUAAGUCUCCCCUUCGACCGGACCUCCUCCUCUUCCUUCUUCCUCCUCUUCCCAGAGGUUUGCAGCUGGGCUUUUGAAAGGCCAUGACAGACAAGAAGCUGAGCAAGAUGCGGGUGCAGUUUGUGGAACGGGUGAACGAAGACGUCAUCGGCCAACUUGUGGACGACCUGCGCGACAAAGCGGUCUUGAACCCGCAGGAGGCGGCCGGGGUGAAGGUGAGCCGCAACAAGUACAAACAGGCCCGGGAGCUGAUCGACAACGUCCAGACGAAAGGCCCCAAGGCCAGCAAGAUCUUCCUCCAGUGCCUCCUGGACCGGGACAGCUUCUUGGCCGAGGAACUGAGCGUCAGCACCUACCUGGCAGGGACUUCGGUUUGCCUGCAAGUGCCACCCAUCGAGGAAAUCCAUGCAAGGAGCGUUUCGGCCGGAGACGUUCGCCCGCUGGAGUCCAAAAACGGGAUUAGCCUUUGCCCCCGGAGAGUGUUUGAGGAGAUCCAAGCCAAGGAAGCCGCAGAGAUCUAUGCUAUCGGGGACCCAAAGACACGGACUCGCUUGGCUUUGAUUAUCUGCAAUAUCGAUUUUGCCCAUUGCCCCAGGCGCAACGGGGCCGAGGUGGACCUGCAGCAGAUGACACUUCUCCUGGAAGGCCUGGGCUACAAAGUCGAACCAGAGACCAACUUAACCUCAAAGGCCAUGGCCGAUUGCUUGAAGCGCUUUGCAGCCCGAGAGGAACACAAGGCCUCCGACAGCACCUUCCUGGUCCUCAUGUCCCACGGCGUCCGGCAAGGCCUCUGCGGCGUCCAGAGCCAGGGCAAAGACUCGGACAUCCUCCCGGUCGAUGCCAUCUUCUCUGCUUUCAACAACAGGAACUGUCCGGCUCUGUUUGGGAAGCCCAAGGUGGUCAUCAUCCAAGCCUGUCGCGGGGAGAACGAAGGGGUCACCUAUGUGAGCGACAGAGAGGUGCCUCGGAACGACUCCCUCAUUCCUGAGCCAUCAUGGUCCCCGGAAGGUUACGAACAGGACGCCAUUCGGAAAGUCCAUGUGGAGACCGACUUCAUCUGCCUUUAUUCCUCCACUCCAGAUAACGUCUCCUGGAGAAGCCGAGAGAAAGGUUCCGUCUUCAUUAUUGAGUUGAUAAAGCAAAUCCAGGAACACGCCUGGAACUGCAACUUGGAAGAGGUCUUCCGGAAGGUCCUGAAAGCCUUUGUGGCGAACCCCCUCCAGAUGCCUUCGAAAGACCGGACCACGCUCACCAAAAAGUUCUACCUCUUCCCGGGACAUUGAUGCCGCAUGUGAAAAAAGAAACCAUGGCUUUCCGUCGCCGAAAAGAUGUCCGCGUCUUUCAAGAGCCAUCCUUAGUUUUUCUUCUGCGAUCUCUGCAACCAAAGGCAUUGCUAUAAGUCCGUUUUUUCCUUUUGUGAUCCCUCGCCGCUCUCCGUUCUCCUUGGAGGUCUUCAAACAGAGCCUGGAUGGGGAUGCUUUGAUGGAGAGUUCCUGCAUGGCAGAACGCGGUUGGACUGGACGGCCCUUUUUGGGGUCUCUCCCGACUCUAGGAUUCGAUGAUGUUUCUUUGAUCCAUCGUACGUUUGCAACGUGGUCCCUAGAGCCUCUUCCUUCCCCAAAUUCCUCUCUCCAUUGGACUCUGGGUUGCAGAAUUCCGGGAACGAAGUAUAAUAAUAUUGGCCUUCAAUAACGAUAAUGAUAAUAAUGAAUGAAAUAUUGGUUAUUAUUAUUAUUAUUAUUAUUAUUAUUAUUAUUAUUACGCAUAUUGAUGGUUUCCAAUCUGUUUUUGUUUUCCGAGGGGGGUCAAAACUAUGUAUUUUGCUAUGAAUAAGUCGAGGGUAAAACUUAGGGGCUUAUAGCAAAGGGUCCAAAGGAUGAAGCAAAGCAAAGCAGUGUCAAAGAACCUAUUAAACCUCAGCAGACACAACUCUUUGCACUUAGUCUUAGGACUGAAUGGAUGAGAGAGUAGAGUAGAAGGUCAGUCAGUGCUUCACAUACUAUACUCUUGCUUUACACCAGGAGAGGGUUCCUUCUUUUAAAUGAGAAUUAAAAUAAAGUACUUCUACAUUGA